UUCCUCUGAAUUUAUUUUGCAGCUGUGCCUUAUGAAAGCGUGACUUAUUUGACAGUUGAUUAUGUUCUAUAGGACAUUUUAGUGCAGUUUAUAUGCUUUCAGUCGUGGAUACGUCGGGUAUUAUUCUGCGGAUCAUACCAACAGUCUGUCUGUCUCAUUGUUAAGGAUUUGACACAACAAAUAGGUUGGCAUUGCUCCGUCCAGGCUUUUUAAAACUACUGUUCCUCCUCUAUGGCUCACCUGCAGCUCUGUUUCAUCCUGACGAAGAAGCUUGGAAGAUAAGAAGACAUUAAAUAUGCGUGUGAGAGCCUUUCACACAUUUAGCAGGAUGAUUUGGGGAAGGUAUUUAAUAACUGCGGGGCUCCAGAGCUGCAGAUGUAGAGUGAGUUGUCAAGUAAAGAGACAUUACAGCUUUCUUCCAGAUGAUGUCAAAUCAUUGCGGGCUGUGGUCAACCCUGAUAUAUCCAAGAUCCGGAACAUUGGCAUUAUGGCCCACAUCGACGCAGGAAAGACAACAACCACAGAGAGGAUGCUCUAUUACUCUGGCUAUACAAGGGCACUUGGAGACGUAGACGACGGGGAUACAGUCACAGAUUUUAUGGCUCAAGAGAGGGAGCGUGGCAUCACCAUACAGUCGGCAGCAGUCACAUUUGAUUGGAAGAGUCAUAGAAUAAACCUUAUAGACACCCCAGGACAUGUUGACUUCACUCUUGAGGUUGAGCGGGCGCUUCGUGUUCUUGAUGGGGCUGUUGCAGUGUUUGACGCCUCGGCUGGCGUUGAGGCUCAGACUCUGACAGUGUGGAGACAAGCAGAGAAGCACCACGUUCCCUGUGUUUGUUUCCUGAACAAGAUGGAUAAACCUGCAGCCAAACUUAGUUUCUCCAUUGAAAGCAUAAGACAGAAGCUGAAAGCCAACCCAGUCCUCCUGCAGAUUCCUCUUGGCAGCGGCAAGAACUUCACAGGUGUGGUUGACCUGUUAACCAACCAGAAGCUGACAUGGCAGCAAAGAUCCAUGGGAGAUGACGGACGAGUGUUUGAAAGCAAACCUCUUGACCAGUCUGAUGAUCCAGAACUGCUGCAGGAGGUCAGCGAGGCCAGGGCAGCUUUAAUUGAACAGGUUGCUGAUCUGGAUGACGAGUUUGCUGAACUGUUGCUGACUGAUUUUAGUGACAAUUUUGAUGCAGUUCCCUCAGUAAAACUACAAGAAGCAGUGCGGCGGGUGACUCUGGCCCGUAAAGGUGUUCCAGUGCUCUGUGGGAGCUCUUUGAGGAACAAAGGUGUUCAGCCUCUUUUAGAUGCCAUCGUCGCCUACCUGCCUGCCCCCAGUGAACGGCACCACGACCUGGUGCGGUGGUACAAAGACGACUUAUGUGCUCUGGCCUUCAAGGUUCUCCAUGACAAGCAGCGAGGUCCUCUGGUAUUCCUCAGGAUUUACUCUGGCACUCUGAAACCACAGACAGCCGUCCACAACAUCAACAGGAACAACACUGAGAGAAUGAGCAGGCUGCUGGUGCCGUUUGCUGAUCAGCAUGUAGAAAUCCCGUCGAUGACAGCAGGAAACAUCGCACUAACUGUAGGACUGAAGCAGACAGUCACAGGAGACACCAUCGUUUCAUCCAAGGCUUCAGCAGCAGCUGCAGCCCGCCGAGCCCAAGAUGACAGCGGGAUGGGGAAGAAGCGUGGGGAACAUGCGGCCGUAGUGCUUUCAGGAGUAGAGGUCCCUGAUCCUGUCUUCUUCUGCACUAUUGAACCGCCCACCAUGGCCAAACAGGCUGAUCUUGAGAAUGCACUUAACUGCCUCCAGAGAGAAGACCCCAGCCUUAAAGUCAGGGUUGACCCUGACUCGGGGCAGACUGUUUUGUGUGGGAUGGGGGAGCUGCACAUUGAAAUCAUCCAUGAUCGAAUCAGAAGAGAGUAUGGUAUUGAGACUCACCUUGGACCACUGCAGGUGGCUUACCGGGAGACUAUUCUCCAUGAGGCCUCUGCUACAGAUACACUGGAUCGGACCAUUGGCGAGAGGAGACAUAUUGUGACAGUGGAGCUGUCUGUCAGACCUGUGGACAUCUCCUCUACAACUGAUUCAUGCAAAUCAGCUUUCACAGAGGAAGAUGGGGAGCAGUUAUCACAAGAAAUAAAAGAUGCAGUGGAGAAUGGAGUGCAAAGCUCAUAUCUUCAAGGUCCAUUGCUGGGUUAUCCUCUACAAGGUGUGUCUACACUGAUCCAGAGUGUCAACACGGAACCAGGAACAUCUCCAGCCAUGGUGUCUGCUUGUGUGUCUCGCUGCAUGCUCAAGGCCCUGAGGCUAGCAGGAGGUCAGGUGCUGGAGCCAGUAAUGUCACUGGAGGUGACAGUCGAGGAGGAGCACCUUAGCUCUGUGCUGGGGGACUUGGCCCAAAGACGAGGUACCGUCCGAGACAUCCAGAGUCGUCACGACAACAAGGUGCUGCUAGCGACCGUGCCCUUGGCGGAAAUGAUGGGCUAUUCCACCAUCCUGCGAACACUAACAUCCGGAAACGCCACCUUCUCUCUGGAGCUGGACACCUAUGAGGCCAUGAACCCCCAGGACCAGAACACCCUUCUUAAAAGAAUGGCUGGCCUGUAGUGAAAUCAGGAAUGGGGCCAUUGGACCAAUGGCCAAAGGCCUUCUGACACAGAGGCAUGGCUACUACCCAAACAGACUUUUCCAGGACUUUUAGAUGUGACUGAGUAAACUGCUAUUUAUAGUGUGGAUAUCCACAGAACAUGGAUGGUGAUGACCAUACAAACAGUGUACCAUGUUCUUAGUUGGUUGUAAAAUAAAUGUGCAGCCAAAGAUUUCAAA